CCAUCAGGGCAAGUGUGGGGCCAUCAGGGCAGGUGUGAUCGUCAGGGCAGGUGUGGGGCCAUCAGGGCAGGCGUGGGGCCAUCAGGGCAGGAUUGGGGCCGUCAGGGCAGGUGUGGGGCCAUCAGGGCAGGUGUGGGGCCAUCAGGGCAGGAUUGGGGCCGUCAGGGCAGGUGUGGGGCCAUCAGGGCAGGUGUAGGGCCAUCAGGGCAGGUGUGGGGCCAUCAGGGCAGGUGUGGGGCUGCCAGGGCAGGCGUGUGCAUGGGGCCGUCAGGGCAGGUGUGUUGCCGUCAUGGUGCCUUCCUGUGGUCAGGGGCCGUCUGUCUUGCCCAUAAUUCCGCCCCAACCUUACCUAUGACACACACCCGUGUAAGGCAUUGUGCUGCCAAAACAUGUGUGUGUAUUGUACGCAGGAAAUGACGACCCCCCCAACCUUACGUACCCUUAUACCCGUAUAAUGCACUGCACUGCCAGAUUCGUGUUGCCUUGGGUACCUGGCUAUACAGUAACCAGCAGAUAACAUUAUUUCGUCUGAUGUGGAAAUAUAUUUACAAGUUGUAUCGUUUGUGGUCCAAUGUAGCGUGUUUGAGGCUCGUGUGUGUAGCGGAAUUAUAAAGUUCCAGUUGGCAACGCUGCCAGGUGACAGGUUAGCUUUGAAUGCACCAAGGUAUGCGGCGGUGGAAGCUUUGAGGGGUGAUAUAUGGGGUGGAGCACCUUUAGGGAAAGAUUUAGGAAGGCUACCCUUAGAUACAAAGUCAGACUGGAACGAAUGGAUGACGCGAGGCUGGCACGGAAGGUUUACUUGUGGAGUGUGCAUGAGAGCAAAUGGAUUAAGAACUGCAUGAGAAUGGUUGGUGACAGUGGUAUGCGAGUCAGGUGGGUGAGCAGAGAGGAAGGGAGGCGUUUCUUUGAAUGGAAGGUGACUGACAGAAAUAGUGAGGGUCUAGAAUGGGAUGCGAGAAAGUGGAAGAGAGAGAUAGACAGUGCAGUGAAAGGUGACGGUCUGAGGAGGUGGAAGCAUGCGAUGGAGCGAAAGACUACUUUGGAGUGGUACAGGGAAAAGGAAGCCCCGCAGUGUGUCAGCUGGUAUGAUGGAAGCCUGGGUGGUGAUCUUCUCUUCCAAGCUCGAGCGCAGUGUAUGAAUGUGAAUGCAAGAAAUUACAGGUGGUCUGAGUCCCGCAGCAAAGUGUGUCAGAUGUGUGACAGGGGUGUGGAUGAAACUGUCGUGCAUGUGAUACUGGUGUGUGGGAGGUACCGGAGAGAAAGGACGGAGAUGAUGAGGGUGGCACUGAGUGAGAUGGGCUGGGAUGUGAAUGGGAGGAUUGCAAGGACAGAGAGGGAAUGGAUGCUGCUGCUGCUGGGACUGAGUGAUGAAGCAAAUGAUAGAAUUAUAGAAGCCAUCAAGAGUUUUCUGGAAAAGAUGUGGUGUGCAAGAAAUAGGGAAUUGGAAGAUGUGUAAUGGAUACUGCUUGUUUUGUUUUAUUUUUACAGGUUGUGUCGAUGCGAAGGCCUGACUCUCCAACGGGUCACCUGUACAGCAAGAGCAAGAGAGCACACGCCGCAUCCCUUCUGGCCCUGCCCAACCAGCCCCCUAAAACACCCCAGAAGAAGAAGACGACGAAGGCUCCACACCCACGGGCCAGCGCUGGGGACCUGCUGGCCAGCGACACCCUCAGCCCCAACACUGCCAGGACAACACCUCCACCACCGCCGCCGGGAAGUCUUAACCUUCUCAUGCAGCAGAAGUAGAAGGACAAGCAGGACCCGGACGGUGACAUCAUUAUGAGGCUUGAGUACGGUCUCCUGAACUCCUCGUCCCUGGAGCUGAUUGAGCAACCCAUCACCGACCCGUACGCUCUCAACAGCGCGGAGACGGUGGUGAGCAUAGCCAAGGGGUGCGAGGAGGAGGCUUGCAAAGUGGACAUGCAGACCGAGGUGGCGUUCCUGGAUGGUUCGGUCAUCAUAGGCAAGAUCAACCGGCUUGAGGUGACAGCAAGCAACAAGGGGGAACACGUGUACCUCCCCAGCCUAAUGGUGAGCCUGGCGCCGCCCCUCGUGGUCUUCCAGCCUCCUCACCAGUGCAUCUUCCACUCCUCCGAGCUUGUGUAUAACUUGACCAACCCUCUGAAGAGCAGUGCUGAGAGCGUGUGAAGCAGUUUGCCAACCUGGUCCUGGCCCUCAUGAUGCUGUUCGCCAGGUACAAUCACUGGAUGGUGGGCGACAAGUUUGAGAGACUCGCCCCCUCACUGGUGUUCUUCAUGCUAACCUGCCGGCUCAUCGCUGAGUACCAAAUCCACCGGAAGGAGAAGAUGGACAAGGCGGCGGCAGCGGCCAAGAAGUCACCCGCCGCAGCCGCCGAAGGGAAGGACGGAGGAACAGCCCCCAACUCCAUCGCUGGCGGCUCCACAUCUACUCUCGUCUCCUCCUCCUCCUCCUCCUCGCCCUCCUCCUCCUCCUCCUUCUCCUCCUCCUCCUCCUCCUCCUUGCCCUCCUCCUCCUCCUCUCAACAUGGACGGUCGAAGGAGGAUGUUUAGUGUGGAGGUGUUUGAUUGGGGACAUGAGGAGAGUUGAAGCCAAGACGGAGGAGCUGCAGAGGUGCCAGGAGGAGAAGCUAGCUCUGAAGGCCCAGCUUGAUGCACUGGGACUCUCUCUGGCCAAGCUGGACAUAGCCAUAAAGGACACUGAGCUCAGGACCAUGGAG